AUGAUAGAUCAUGUUCGAAUUGUCUCUGAUUUUUUUUAUAAUUCUCCAAAAAGGUUAGAAGAUCUAUCUACAAAAAUUAGUGAGCUAUGUCCGACAUCAUCUUUUCAAAAGACAAUCAAUGUUUGUAUAACCAAGUGGAUUGAAAAAAUUGAUGGCCUUGAAGCUUUUAUUGAAUUAUAUCCAGCUAUAGUUGCAUCUCUUAUUUGUAUCAAAGAAGAUGUGAUAUGGAACUACAAAUCUAGAGGUGAUGCUUCUGCAUAUGUGGCAAUAUGUUGUUCUUUUAAGUUUAUUAUCACCUUAAUCAUAGUUAGGAAGUUAUUAGGCUAUAUAAGACCACUGACUAAAACUUUGCAAAAAGUUGAUCAAGACUUCUCAAAAGCUUGUAAAGAUGUGGAAAAUUUAAAGAAUACUCUUAUAUCUCUUCGGAGCUCUAUGGAUAUUUCACACACAGAAUGGUACAAAGAAGCUGUUAGCAUAGCUGCAACUACUAGUACAAUGCCAUCCAAACCAAGAACAUGCGAUCAACAAAUACAACGUGAUAACCAUGAAGUAGAUGAUAUAAGUAAAUAUUAUCGAGUAACUUGUUCAAUUCCAUUUCUUGAUCACAUUCUGAUACAGCUAGAUUCUUUAUUUUCUUUAAACAAUUUAGUAUUGCUAGAUAGUUUCUCCAUUAUACCAUCAAAUUUAAUUUCUGACAAGGAGUGGAGAAAAAAAGUAAAAGAGUUUGUUCAUACAUACCAAAACGAUUUACCGGAACCAAACUAUCUUUAUGCUGAGUUAGAUAUGUGGGAAAUAUAUUGGAAAAAUCACUCUGAUAGUGCUCCUAAAACCAUUUCAGAUUCACUACAAAAAUGUGAUGACCAUACAUUUCUCAAUAUUUCCACUAUACUUCGAAUCCUUUGCACAUUACCAGUCACAACAUGUACAUGCGAAAGAUCAUUAUCAGCUCUAAAAAGAAUUAAAACUUCCUUUCGAAAUACUAUGGGAGAUGGUCGUUUAAAUGGUGUUGCCAUUUUGCACAUUCAUCGAGAUAUUGAAAUAGACUUGAAUAUUGUUGUAGAUACGGCAUUUCCACAAAAAAUGGAAUUUAAAAUAUAUUGA